AUGGGUAAAGUUCACAGUUCUUUCAUAUUUUUACUUUUGUUUUUACUGGAAUGCCCACUUCAUGUAUGCUUGCCACAUGUAGAUGUGUUUUCUACUCUUGGACAAACAACAGGCUUACCAGUAAUUUCACGCAGACCUGGUCUUGUUCAAGUGUUUUUCAUUGCAGCGAUAGCCUUCAGCAUUGCCUUGAUAUGUGGCAUCGUGGUCUCCUACGUGAUACAUCGACUGGUAAAGGCAGAGGAAAGCCAACAGCUUGCAAUGCUUUAUGAAAAUGUGGAGAUACCAUUCUUAGAUGAGAAGGAAGGCUCCGAGGAUGACGGCCAGGAUGAGUCCACCCACCUGCUCCCAGAGAAUGAGAAGGAACUGGCGAAGUUCAUCAGUUCAGUUAUUAGAUCAAAAAGAAGAGAAAAUCUUCAAAGGAAGAAAUUAAGGGAAGAGCAACAGUUACCAAAGAUAAGCAGUGCUGUGGUGCACAGUGCAAACAUGGAGGAUUUGUGA